GGCGGUGUCGCGCGCCGGGCAGUUCGCGCGGGAGCGGGACGAAGGGGUGUCGGGACUUGGGUCGGUGGGAACGGAAGCCGCUGCGGGGCGGAGAGGAAGCCCAGGAUGGCGACUCCGAGCAGGAAGACCUCGACCCCAACCCCCCUGCCCUCCAAGAGACCCCCCCCGAGAGAUCCCUCGUCGGAGGUCCCGAGCAAGAGAAGGACCUCGGCCCCGCCAGCGCCGCCACUGCCGUCGUCUGGGCCUUUCGUGGAAGGCUCUAUCGUCCGCAUCGCGAUGGAGAACUUUCUAACAUAUGAUAUCUGUGAAGUAUGUCCUGGACCCCACUUGAAUAUGAUUAUUGGAGCUAAUGGAACAGGGAAGUCCAGCAUUGUGUGUGCCAUUUGCCUUGGAUUAGCAGGCAAACCUGCUUUCAUGGGACGGGCAGAUAAGGUUGGCUUUUUUGUGAAGAGAGGUUGUUCCAAGGGCAUGGUUGAAAUUGAAUUGUUCAGGACUUCUGGAAAUCUUGUAAUUACCCGUGAAAUUGAUGUGGCAAAAAAUCAGUCCUUUUGGUUCAUCAACAAAAAAUCAACAACCCAGAAAGUAGUAGAAGAGCAGGUUGCUGCCUUAAAUAUUCAAGUGAGCAAUCUUUGCCAGUUUCUACCUCAGGAUAAAGUUGGGGAAUUUGCUAAACUCAGUAAAAUUGAACUCCUUGAAGCUACUGAGAAGUCAAUUGGUCCUCCAGAAAUGCACAGAUACCACUGUGAACUCAAAAACUUCAGGGAGAAAGAGAAACAACUAGAGACCUCAUGCAAAGAGAAAACUGAGUAUCUAGAGAAAAUGAUUCAGAGGAAUGAAAGAUAUAAACAAGAUGUGGAGAGGUUCUAUGAACGUAAGCGACAUUUAGAUUUGAUUGAGAUGCUUGAAGCAAAAAGGCCAUGGGUGGAAUAUGAAAAUGUUCGUCAGGAAUAUGAAGAAGUAAAACUGGCUCGUGACCGAGUGAAGGAUGAAGUGAGAAAACUUAAAGAAGGGCAGAUUCCUAUGACCCGUCGAAUUGAAGAAAUUGAAACGCAGCGUCACAAUUUAGAGUCUCAAAUCAAAGUGAAGGCAACAGAUAUUAAGGAGACGUCACAAAAAUGUAAACAAAAGCAAGAUGUUAUAGAAAGGAAAGAUAAACAUAUUGAGGAACUUCAGCAGGCUUUAAUAGUAAAACAGAAUGAAGAGCAUGACCGACAAAGGAGAAUAAGUAAUACCCGCAAAAUGAUAGAAGAUUUGCAGAAUGAACUGAAGAGCACAGAAAACUGUGUGAAUCUUCAACCCCAGAUUGAUGCCAUUACAAAUGAUCUGAGACGAGUUCAAGAUGAAAAGGAAUUAUGUGAAAGUGAGAUAAUUGAUAAGCAUAAAGAGAGGGAAACUCUAGAGAAGGAGAAAAAGAGUGUGAAUGAUCAAAUUGUACAAUUUGACAAUCUUAUGAAUCAAAAGGAAGAUAAGCUGAGACAGAGAUACCGUGACACAUAUGAUGCUGUUUUAUGGCUGAGAAAUAACAGAGAUAAAUUUAAGCAGAGAGUCUAUGAGCCCAUAAUGCUCACGAUCAAUAUGAAAGAUAAUAGAAAUGCCAAAUAUAUUGAAAAUCAUAUUCCAUCUAAUGACUUGAGAGCCUUUGUAUUUGAAAGUCAAGAAGAUAUGGAGGUUUUCCUCAAAGAGGUUCGUGACAAUAAAAAAUUAAGAGUAAAUGCUGUUAUUGCUCCCAAGAGUUCAUAUGCAGAUAGAGCACCUUCAAGAUCUCUGAAUGAACUAAAACAAUAUGGAUUUUUCUCUUACUUGAGAGAGCUGUUUGAUGCACCUGCUCCCGUCAUGAGUUACCUUUGCAGCCAGUAUCAUAUUCAUGAAGUUCCUGUAGGUACUGAAAGGACCAGAGAAAGAAUUGAACGGGUAAUACAAGAAACUCGGUUAAAACAAAUAUAUACAGCAGAAGAAAAGUAUGUAGUGAAAACUUCUUUUUAUUCAAACAAAGUUAUUUCUAGUAACACGUCCCUAAAAGUAGCCCAGUUUCUCACAGUUACUGUGGAUCUGGAGCAAAGAAGACACUUAGAAGAACAUCUAAAGGAAAUUAAUAGAAAAUUGCGAGCAGUGGAAUCAGGGUUGAUUGCCUUACGUGAGACAAGCAAACAUCUAGAACACAAAGAUAAUGAACUUAGACAAAAGAAGAAAGAGCUUCUUGAAAGAAAAACCAAGAAAAGACAACUGGAACAAAAAAUUAGUUCCAAACUAGGAAGUCUAAAGUUGAUGGAACAGGAUACUUGCAACCUCGAAGAAGAAGAGCGAAAAGCAAGUACCAAAAUCAAAGAAAUAAAUGUUCAAAAAGCAAAACUUGUUACUGAAUUAACAAACCUAAUAAAGAGUUGUACUUCUUUGCAUAUACAAAAAGUAAAUUUAGUUCUUCAGAAUACUACUGUGAUCUCCGAGAAAAACAAAUUAGAAUCAGAUUAUAUGGCUAUAUCAUCACAACUACGUCUCACAGAGCAACAUUUCAUUGAGUUGGAUGAAAGUAGACAGAGAUUAUUGCAGAAAUGCAAAGAACUUAUGAAGAGAGCUAGGCAAGUGUGUAACCUGAGUGCAGAGCAGACUGUUCCUCAAGAAUAUCAGACAUCUGGACCCAUUCUACCAAUUCAGCAAGUACCCACCAUUCCAAAUGGACACAACUCCUCACCCCCCAUGGCUUUCCAAGAUCUUCCAAACACAUUGGAUGAAAUUGAUGCUUUAUUAACUGAAGAAAGAUCAAGAGCUUCUUGCUUCACAGGACUGAAUCCUACAGUUGUUGAAGAAUACACAAAAAGAGAAGAAGAAAUAGAGCAGUUAACUCAGGAACUAAAGAUAAAGAAAGUUGAACUGGAUAAAUAUAGAGAAAAUAUUUCACAGGUAAAAGAGAGGUGGCUUAAUCCUUUAAAAGAGCUGGUAGAAAAAAUUAAUGAAAAAUUCAGCAAUUUUUUUAGUUCCAUGCAGUGUGCUGGUGAAGUUGAUCUCCAUACAGAAAAUGAGGAAGACUAUGAUAAAUAUGGAAUUCGAAUUAGAGUCAAAUUUCGCAGUAGUACUCAACUGCAUGAAUUAACUCCUCAUCAUCAAAGUGGAGGUGAAAGAAGUGUUUCUACCAUGUUAUACUUGAUGGCACUUCAGGAGCUUAAUAGAUGUCCAUUCAGAGUAGUUGAUGAAAUCAAUCAGGGAAUGGACCCGAUCAAUGAACGGAGAGUGUUUGAAAUGGUUGUAAAUACUGCUUGUAAAGAAAACACUUCUCAGUACUUCUUUAUUACACCAAAGCUCCUACAAAAUCUCCCUUAUUCUGAGAAGAUGACAGUAUUGUUUGUCUACAAUGGUCCUCAUAUGCUGGAACCAAACAGGUGGAAUUUAAAGGCUUUCCUGAGACGGCGGCGCCGUAUUACAUUCACUCAACCUUCUCAAUAAAAUGAGAGAACUUUGGAAUUUUUCUUUUAAAUUCUGUUUAUAAGUACGGCUCAACUGAAUAAAAGUUAGGACAUUCAUUGAGACUAAUAUAUCAGUUGUUUUUGGAAACUUCCUGUUAAAUACAAAUGGGUUGAUGAAUGGAGACCAUAACUUAUUUCUGUGGAAUAUCAUCUUCUGAUGGGAAAAAAUAAGCCUUUUUGUCUUCGUUGUUGACUUCAAUCCUUAGCCCUCUAACCAUGAGUCAUUGGGUUCCCAUGCUAAAAAGUAUUUACUAUUUCAAAUCAGAGGUACAGUGGAAGGAGUUAUCACUCAUAAGAAGUUUAGUUGACAUGAUAACCCUGAGCUUUAACUGCAGAGUAACUUUAAUUACUUUUAGAGUCUAAAGAUGACUCUGGAGCUUAAGUCAUAGUUUUCUCCCAGUGUUAUAUUUAAUUUUUAAAAAAUUGAUAUGGAAAUGUCUAAUGUACAGUAAUAAUUUAUGACAAAUCUAUUCAUUUCUUCCUAUUAUAAAAGAUUACCUUAUCUCCACUAGGAAAUGGAAUUUUAUGGGCCUUAAAAAAAGUUUUAUGAAACUCGAUACUAUAACUGUUGAUAUCUCAAAGGAACAAAAGUACUGGGGUUCAAAAAUGCUAGUGGGACUUCUUUGAAAUGCCACAGUGUGGCCACUAGAUGAUGCAAAAUGCAAUCAAAAGAUUGACAGAAAAUCAAGUGACCAGGGUUUUUAAAUAAUCACCCUGUAAAGUGUGUGUGUGUGUUUUUUUUUAAUUUAAAGUCAAUUGUAUUUUACAUCUUAAAUUUCUAAAAGCAUUUUUAUAAUUAUUUUUAGUAAGAUUUUUCUUAAGAUUUCAUAUACUGGUUUCUACGAUUUAUAUUUGAAAUUUCUCAGUGUUAUAUAAAGAGUGAGGGAAAGCAUUGAUUUUAAAACCAUAAUGUUUCUAGAACUUUGGCUUAUAGGACCUUCCUUACAGUGUUGAUUCUACCCCAUUAUCUUAGAAAAUCUAGUUUAAACUUUCUUCCAGCAUGAAAGAAUGAAGUGAGAAAAUCAUUUGUUUAUCUCUGAGUCAUAUCAAUUAACAGUGCCAAACAAAUUCUAUUCUUUUAAAAAACAAAUCUUGUAAGAUAAUGGACUAGUCCAAGGAUAUGUCUUUGAACAGUGGAUUGGAUUUGCACCAGUAAUGACAAAAUUAUUUUUUUGACCUGGUAGCCUGAAUAAAUUGAAGAAUUGCGUUCAGUUUGGGUUUUGUAUAUUCUUAAAAAGCCACUGAAAUUUAUAUUCUUACAUCAAAAAAUAAUGAACCAUAAGUUUCUGUCCUCUCACCUGGACAUUUCUCUUUUAAAAGGUAUUUUUUCUUUAUAAAAAUUUUAAGAGCUUUGUCCUCUUAAACUAAGUCUAAUGCAUGUACUAUGAAAAUAUUUUUAAAUAACAUUUUUACUAGUAUGAACAAGUCAUGUAAACAUUGAAAAACUUCGUUAACAUGUUAGUAAAUGGAUGUUGUUACCAAAUGUUUGUUGUUUAAUGCUUUGUUUUCCACCAGAAUAUCUUCACUAAUAUGUGCUUGGUGUAGUUUAUUUUCUUAAGUUAGUGCCAGUCAUCUUAUUUCUGCAAAACGAUUAUCACUGUGAAAAAGAAGCUUGAAGAUUAGGUGUGGUGGUUGAAAAUAAAAUGGUCAAUUACAUUUCAUUUUACAUAUGCCAACACUUAUUCCGUACCUUUUUUGUAAGCAUUUAUAUUUCUCUGGGCAAAAUUAAUAUUUGGUUUUGCAUUGAAUUUUGAGUUGUGAAGGAUAAAUUAUGUACCAUUUUAACAUUAAUAAAAGAAUAAGCCUACCACACUAUAGUCUCAGCCACUUAAAACUGUAUAUUUUCCACAAAAGUUGAUUUUUAAUUACAUUCAUAUUGUAAAAACUAAGUGAAAGUGAUUUGGUGAAUAAAAAAUUUAAAACCUUAAGGUGACAAGCAAGCAUUUUUAAUGACAAGAUCUUCAUUGAUUAGCCUAAGGAGAGAUUCUGUUGAAAGGUUUCUAGUAUUCCAAGGAAAGAUUUCUUGCUGCUUUCUACUUGUCUUUUGAACAUAUGCUUAUUUUCUUUGGAGUAUGAAUCUUUAGUAUAUAAAAAUAUAAUUUUGUCUUUCUAUUGUGUGUAUCUGUGUAAUUGGAAAAAAAUUGAGGAAAUACUUUGUUGGUAAUAAAUGGGUAUUUUCAUAUUC